AUGAAUCGAACGUUGGCUCUUCUCUCACUUAACGGCAAAAACAUCGUGUUUUCGCCACCCAACGACCGUUGGCGAAAGUUGCGACGGCUGUCGACGCUCCACCUUCUGUCUGCGAAGAAACUGCAGGAGAGCCUUCCCGUGCGAGAGGAGGAGGUUCGCGACAUGCUCAAUGCGAUCGCUGCUGACGUGGCUAGUACUGCUAACGAAGCCGCUGCUGGCGCAGGACCUAGUCCUUCGGAUGUGACUAAAACGUGUGCUGCUACUACGGGAGGAGCGGCGAAAUCUGCUGGCGUGGCGGAGGAGGGGGUCAUAGAAGUGCGAAGGUAUUUAAAUCGCGCGACGCUCAACAACAUUAUGCGCGUGACUGUCGGGACGCGCUUCGGCUAUUCCUCGAUUAGCGGCGCGGCGGCGAGCACCACGCUUCUCGAAGCCGGGAUGCGCAUCGACUGGAACGCGCGCAUUGCCGCAAUGGGCGGCGAGAAUCGCGGCGGUGAGAUUCGACGCGGCGCUGUCGCCGACGCAGCUGCAUCUCCAGCCACGGGGUCUGACGCUUCGGCAGCGGCAGAACAAGAUAGCUCCAAGCUUCUACCCUCACAGACAGAGAAGGCGGAUAGUGGUACUAAUGCUGUUAAGACGAACUCAUCGUCUCCAAUGGAAGAAGCGGAAGGAAACAUAGCGCUUGCGAUAAUAGAGGAGGGCUUUGCUCUUGCGGGGACAUUCAAUAUCGCGGAUUUCGUGCCCUGGCUGAGCUAUUUGGACCCGCAGCGCAUAUACGCGCGCACGAAGCGUCUCGUGCCGCAGCAGCACGGAUUGAUGCGCGCGUGCAUCGCGGAGCGACGCCAGCUCCUGCUGAAAACGCGGUCAGGGGGACGCGAAAAGCCUGAGGACUCGGCCCUUGUAGAUUCUUUGUUCGAGAUUGAAGGGGAGGGGGAGGAUAAAGUGGAUCAAGACGAGAUGCUGCUGCUCGCGAUUGAUAUGAUGAUGGCCGGGACUGAUACCACCGCCAAAACCGUGGAAUGGACACUUGCUGAGCUGGCGCAGCACCCUGACAUGCUGGAAAGGCUCCGUGCUGAGGUGGAUGCGGCAUAUGCCAGGUCAGCAAGUGCAGCCGCUGAAGCAGCUGGAGCAGCUGAAGCAGGAGGAUCGGAAUUGGUGAUCUCUCUUCCAGUAGCAGAAAUGCCUUACCUGCAGGCUGUUUUAAAAGAAUCACUUAGGCAUCAUCCGGUCGCUCCGUUCCUCGGUCCCCACAUAACAACUGGCAGCGUUACUCUAGGUGGUUACCACAUCCCUCCCAACACCAUGAUCCAGAUCAACAGUUGGGCUCUCACGCACGAUCCAACGGUCUGGAUCAACCCGCACGAAUUUGACCCCUCCAGGUUCCUUGACCCUGCUGCCCCUGGCGUGACCGGGCAGAAUUUCAGCCUCCUGCCCUUUGGUUCGGGCAGGCGCGGGUGCCUUGGGAUGAAUAUGGGGUUGGACUUUGCUGCCCGCCUGCUGGCAAAUUUCGUUCGGCGGUUUGAUUUCAAGCUGCCCGAAGAUGUUAGGGCAGCUGGAGGGCUGGAUAUGACGGAAACUAUUGGGCUGACCAUGGCUCUCGCUAAGCCACUCAGGCUUGUGGUGAGGGAGAGAAAGGUAGUGGCAGGGGCGGUGGUGGCUGCUUCAGGGGCAUGA